CAAACUUGCAAACGCGUGGCUUAAUGGAGGUGAAUUCAAAAAAAAGUAAAUUAUUAUGGAAAGUUCGAGAAACAAUGAGUUGUUGGCAGCAAAUUAUAACCGUUUUGGGCACUAAAUCCAAUACGGAAGAGGAAUGGAAGGACAUUUACAACGCUUACUUAGGGAGUUUUAAAAAUCAGUAUUUCAUUCACAGCUCCAACAACUCUUCAAGGCCUCAGAAAAACAAGUGCAAGUCUAUCAAGGAUUCGACAGAAAGACCCCUCAAAGCAGUGGCGAAAAAUGCGGAAAAUUCCACUCUACCUGCUAAUUCCACAAAAAGCUGUAAUGCCUCUGCGGUUUCACCUCGGCCUGAAAUUCCUGAAACUCGUAGAGCAAGCAAGCGUCGGGAUUCAGCUGUCCAUCAUAUUGUUGCUGCUGACAAACUUGAUGCUGAUUCCAAAAAACAUGAUUACGCAUUCACUCCUAAAACUCCCGAUCUUGAUUCCAGGAAGGACUGUACUUCCAAAACUCCUGAAAAAAUUGGUCCCAGAAAGUUGACGGAUUCCUCAGGUCAACCAGCUAAUGAACUUAAAUGUUCAGGUGGUUCCUCAGACAACUUUACGCAUCAAAGUGCAUGCGAACUUCCAGAUGCUCAAAUAUCGAUUUCCAUAAAGUGCCAAAAUUCAUGUGUCUCGCCAGAUGCUUUUGUCUUGAUCCACACAAAGCCCCGAGAUUCAAGUGCUCCCUUAGAUUCUGCCGACUCAAAUUCGUCCAAGCUCAGGGAAUCAAGUGCAUCCCCAGAAGCUCCUGCUCAACAGAAAGAUUCUGUUUCAUCAGAAGAUCCCUUCUCAUUGCAUUUGAUCAAGCAACAUGACUCCAGUAGCUCGCAAGAUGUUCCCAAUUCGAAUUCCAUUAAGCAGCGGGAUUCUGGUGCUUCCCAAGAUGAUCUAGUAUUGAAUUAUAUCAAGAAGCGGGAUUCAGAUGCUUCAGGAGAUGUUCUUUUAUUUAAUCUUAUUAAGGAGCCAAAUUUGGGUGCUUCCAAAGAUAAUUCUAUUUCGAGUGCUUCUAAAGUAACCAAGCGCCGGAAUACUUGCGUUUCCAUAGGUGGUAUUUCUCCUAUUGCAAACAAUCUCCGCGAACUGCGAUCGUCUUCAACGAAUAACAUGAAGCGUAGAAAUACUUGUGUUCCCUCAGAAGCUUCUCUGUUUAUAGAACCCAAACCCUUGAAAGGCCGGGAAACGCCAGUCAAUACAAUUAAGAUUGGUAAUCAACAGCUUUCAGGGGGCUCGAGUGAUGAUUUGAAUGACCAGUUGCCACUCUCCACCUGGUUGAAAGCCCCGAAAAAAAAGAAAUUGAUCCCCUUACCCUUGCCCAACGAUAUCAAAGUGGAGGAAGCUGAGCACAAUCUUGCUUGUUCGGCAAUUUUGCCACUGAAGCGUAAAGGAGGACGUCUCUCGCUUCACGAGAAAGAUCAGCAAUUAAAGGCGGAACCGGAACCCAACGAAGACCUACUGCCCAAUGAUUCUCCAAACAUAGCGCCUAAUUCGAGCAUAAUCAAGCAGAAAAAGGAUUCAGCAAAGCGUUCAUCAACUAAAUCAAUAACGGAGAAGCUGCCCUUAAAACCAUUGCAAAAAACUGAAAAAAAUAAGUUAAAAGAGAUUCGAGUGAAACUUUAUUCAACGCCUCCUCGAGACCCACCGGCGGAUCAUUUAAAAGAAGCUCCGUCGACAACAAUCGAGACGCCACAGCAGAAAGUUAAGCCUCCAGGUAACAAAAAGAAAGACAUUCAGCAGCCACAGAACUUGACAAAAUCAUCUGGAAAGCAGCCAGGGAAACCUAGACUCCGGAGGAAAAGGCAGGACUCCGUCAACCCAGCGCCGCGUAAGAGAAGGACCCUGUCUAAUGUUGGCGUAAAUGCAGUAAGCAGUUAUCUGGAUUUUACAUUACCUAACAAGUUCCUUUUGUUGCCACAGAUAAGCUUCGAAACUUCGCCGGUACCAGCCCACAAACCGCCAACUGCCAUCAAUUUAUCCAAAGUUCAGUCGCAUCAAAGACCCAGCCAUCUCGUCGAGCACAACUACGAUUGGUGUGGGGAGGUGGGUAAGAUCAAGAUCCAAAAGAAUAGAGUCGUGCCCAAAUUGAUUGACAUGGAAGAUAUGCUCGUGGACAAUACCCCUAUGCAACUUACGUGUUCCACUGGGGAUGAGGUUCAUCUGAAAAACGAUAACGUGGCCGAUGAGAUUGAGCUUUUCGAUACGCCGCUAGAUCUCUUCCGUGAAGUGGAGGAGAUUGACCGCUUUCUGGAGAACUUGAACAAUAAAACACCCAGCGAAAUUGAUAGCCAGCUUGCCCACACUUCGGAGUUCUUCGAGAAGUUGCCAAGUCUGCCUUCGAUCAAGAAGGAUAACCCCGAUCUGUUGGACAUCCUCGUGGCCGAAAACGAAGAGCUUGACUACGAGGAGGAUGACGACGACGAUGUGCUGUCGGUGGCUGCCUCCUGGAAUGGGCUAGAGGAAGAGGAUGUACCUGAGCAAAAACCGAUUGAGACAAAGAAAAUUACCGAACAGAAAGGAAAGAUAAUUUCCAUCAAAGAAAGUAUUAAGCCAGUUGGAAAAACGGAAACGCCAAAAAUUCAGAACAAAAAUUCUUUUAAAAUACCAAAAUUAAACGCUGAGCAACUGAAAGCACAGCCAUCAGUCAUGAAAUCCCUUUAUGAGCAGGAAGAGUUGGAAAAGAAAAAGACUCCAGUAGCCAAACCUGUGCCACCGCCGCUGAUUGAGGUUUCGGUGGCGGAAACCACUCGCAAGCAACGGGAAGAUGCAACCGCUUCUCGGCGGGCGAAAGAACCUCUGCCGGUGUUUGCUCCACCGUAUCGAGUUACGCACGAAGUGACGGCUCCAAUGGGUAGUGCCAGCGGACACCAACUCAUCCGCGAGUCGACAGUCUCGGUUAGCGAUGGAAAGCUUGUCUCCUUGAAAAUGGACGUGUUUGGCGUCAAGUGUAUGCAAUUUGUCGAUCACAAUUGCUCAUCGUUUGUCUGCGAUCACACGUUGCACAGUAUGGGCGUGUUCCAGAGCCGUAUGGUUAGGAUGGAGGAGGCCACACUGUUGGCCGUCUACCGACAGUCUCGGCGAAGCUUCUUACUCUUCAGGACGUACUUCACCUCGUUCGUGGACAUUUUCGAGCGUAUGCAGAACACGGAGCAGCUGCUGAAUAUGAUAACCGACUGCAAGCUCUACAAAGUCUGCUCUGCCCCGCUAGUGGAAUACGUGUAUGCAGUUCUCAGAAACUGCGGCAUGCAGAAGGAGGCCGUGGCCUGUAUAAUGGAGCACGUGUGGCAGCCAAGCAAAGCGCAAAAGUUCAGGGAGAUGACGCUGACAAUACUUCGAAUACUGGCCUACGCCAACUGGGACGAUUAUUUCGACAAUCUGAUGGAGUUGGACAAGGAUCAUAACUUCGCAAUACCAUUGGAUAUUCUGACAACCAUACUUCAAUACUCUGUAGAUCAGGGAGACAAGUUCUCAAAAGCGUCUGCCUUAAUAGUCCUGCAUCCAGAGGAGAUAUGCAAUAAUGCAGCUAUUAUGUCGCUUCUAGUUACCACAUCGAAUCGUCAUACAUCGAAUCGUCAUACAUCGAAUCCCAGUCAAGGACUGCAACCCACUGCAACAAAUAAUGGUUCUCCCUUAUUAUUGUCGGCCCCUGCUGCUGGUCAGCGGUGUCCGCCAUUCCGAAGAAACACCUUAGCAUCUAGUUUUGGAGAUCCACCAAGGGACGCUUAUCACUUAAAUGGCAACAAUAGUUUUCAUAACUAUUGUGACUACUCGAACAGUUUAGGCACGCAACGUAAGCGAAUGUAAUUUUUUUUGAUACGAGCCGGUUAUCAAUUAAUUUUGUUUUUGACAUUUAGCUGAAUCUCAGUUUUUCACUUGACAUUAUAAACAGUACUCAUUUAAAUGUAUUAAUAGGUUAAUUAAAAUUUAUAUUUACAAAGAUGAAACAAUAAAUGAAAAGUUCAAUAUUUCGUUCAA